AUGGACACAGCAUCAGGGGGUGCACCCAGUCACCCACUGCGACCUUACGCCACCUCGCUGCCCUCCCAAGACUGGUCGUUCCCCAGCCGCGGUGGCCCCAACGCGUCAUCAUCCGGCAGCUCGUCUCUCCGUGGUCUGUCGGCGCCUUCGUCCUCGAACCGCUACGCCUCGACGACGACCCUCGAUGGCCUCGAUGGCUCUUCAGGAUCAGCGCCUGCGGCUGGAUCGUUGUUGAAGGCGUUCGUCAUGUCGAGCAUCCUGUCCUUUUCGGGCACGGCGCUCGUGAUGCCGUUCGAGGUCGGCAAGACGUUGGCGCAGGUGCAAUGGGUGCCCAAGGAUGGUCUCGAGCCUCCCAACUGGGCCACACAGGACGAAGCUCACUACGAGCAGGACGAAGAGACGAUCGAGGCAAGUCCGAACGCUUCUCCGGAGCUUCAGUGGCCGUCGCUCUUGGUGGAGCUGCCCUCAAACCCCCACCCAACCGGCCGAGACCACACUGGGCUGCGAGCUGACCUGAUGCUUCCUCACCCCGCCAGCUCGAGGACGAAGCCGAGGCCGAAGCCUACUUUUCGGAUCUAAGCAACAUCGCCAAGCCAGGCUUUGCACCGCCGACGUCCGGCGCGCCACCUCGCGCCGUCUCGCCGUCGGGAUAUCUUCGACGGGAUGGGGUCGUCGACGAGCGGUCCGGGACCAAACCAGAGUGGAUCAUGCCCGUCGUCGUGCAAGGUGGGGUGUGGGACAUGAUCAAGCACGUCGGACGGUGGAAGGGCGAAGGGUGGGCCAGUCUGUGGAAAGGUGGGUCCAAGGUCGUGCACCGGGGAAAGAUCAAGUCACCUCGAAGAGUCAGCUAACGCCCGGGUCCAACCCUGCGUCGCACAGGCCAACUGACGACGUGCAUCCUCGAUGCCAUCACCACAUCGAUCCAACCCAUCUUCCUCUCCGCCCUGAGCUUCGCCUUCCUCCCCACCUCGGCCCUUUCGACCCUGCCCCUCAUCUACUCCCCGCACCCUUUGCCGCUCCUCUUCUUCUCGACCAUUUCGCACGCGCUCGCGAACCUCGUCGUCUCCCCCCUCGACCUUGUGCGCACGCGACUGAUCGUGCAGUCCGCUCAACCCCGACACCGCAAGUACGCCGGACCGUACGAUGCCUUGCACCUCAUCCUGCGCGAAGAAGGUGGGCUAUGGACGACCUACUUCCACCCCAACCUCUUUCUCCCCGCUCUCCUCGAAGGGAUCGCCCGACCCUUGGUCCAUCUCUCAACACCGUUAAUCAUCUCUCGCUACCUUCAUCUCGAACCCUCGACGUCGCCCAUCUCGUUCGGAUUAGCCGAGCUCGUCUUGGGUACCGCAGGAUUGCUAAUCACGAUCCCGAUCGAGACCGUUCGGAAACGCCUGCAACUACAAUCGCGAGCCGAGUUCGUUCGAGCCGGUCGAGCAGGAGGGACAGGUCGACCGUGGCGAACGUGCGUCGAGACAAGACCCGUAGGGUACGCGGGCGUCGUCGAGGCCGUGUAUAGGAUACUGACCGAAGAAACAGGACGGAUCCCACGGAGGAGGAAGAUGAAACGAUCUUCCAGUUCGUCCUCUUCGUCCGGUGGGGGCAGUGGGAAAACCCAAGUCGUUCCUGAACCUGUAAAGGAGGAUCUAGGGUUGAUGGGUUUGGGUGCCGGCUCGGGCUUGACGCAGUUGUAUCGUGGAUUCGGGAUGGGCGUCGGGGCCAACUUUGUCGUUUUCGUUUUGGGUCUGGUUGCGGGGAGUACGGAGGCAAGUGGGUGGUCCGAGAUGUGAUUUUGGGCGUGUCGAUUGCAAUGUUCUAUCUACGCAACUCUUUUCUUCAGGGAUUUGAGUAGGGUGGACAAGGAUGCUCUCGCACGGCUCUCGGGAGGCAUCACGACAACCUGGGAAAUGGAACCUCGGCGAACGUAGGCGAAACGGUCUGUCGCUGGCCGACCCAUGGGCAGCAGAGACGUCGGCAUCGUGAGCGAGCUGAGCCUCCUCCGUACAACCCGACUCCUGCUCUAAUCGCACAGUCGCCGCCGCCAAUCGAUCAACACGACGUCGCGCAAACUGGUUCGUCAAGUCAAUCUGCACCGGCAGCACGUCGGGUAGUGUCGGCCAGUGCGCCAAUUCCGCCGUUAGGGGCCCCGCCAGCGUGUCACGGCUUGCCGACAUUCGCAACAAUCUGCCGCUACUGGCUUCCUAUACUUUUACCGAUGGACCGCUGGCAGGACGGGUAGCAGCUGCGGACGUAUUGAUUCGAAGUCAAGGAGGAGCAAGGAUGGUGCCAAUCCGGAUCGUAUCCGCCUACUGCCCACAUGGAGGAUACGCACGCAAUGCGGAAGGUGACGGUAAUGCGAUCAACGCUUUUUGGGCGGCCCUCCAGGACCUCAUACGAACAGGACCACCGAACUGGGCCAUAGUGGGUGACUUCAAUGCAGUGCUCGACGCUCGCGAGACCACAGCAAUGGUUUUCCCACGACUCAGACCCACCGCGGUAGAAUACUGCCGCUUCUUACGCCAGACCAACGGCCACGAUGUGUGGAAUGAAAUGGAGUCGGUUUCACUCGCGGAAAAUUGGACACAUAAGGCAUACGGGGAAGCGCAAACCAUCAGCAUCAUAGACCGUCUCGCAACGUCAGCGCCGGCGGGGAAUGCGGAUAUCCAUACGUUGCGUCAGGUUAUGGCCACUGAUCACAGACCAAUUCAUUGCAGACUAUGGUUCCCGGGUCUCUGUGCGACAAUUGAGGAGGCGAGCGACGACGGACCUCGGAGGGUUAAAGUUCCGCCGCGGAAUAGCGACACUCGGCCAAAAUUUCGGCAAGAGAUGGAAGAAGGCGUUGCUAAUUCGCAGUCUUUGAAUCGAGUUGCCAAGGAUGGAACAGUAGCCUCACAAGAGGCUUGGAAUGCGACUUACGAUGAAUUUUCCAAUCUAAUAGUAAACACUUCCCUCCAAAUAUUCGGCGAACGAAGAUCGCCAGCGGUCGGGAAACGCGAGUUUGUCGGAUCGCCAGAGUUACGACAAUUGAGUCAGGACCGUCACCAUAUGAAUCGCUAUAUAUACGCACUCAAGACUAACUCCAUUCAUAUAUUGAGAAACAAACCGGACACAAGAAGAUGGUUCGAGGAGCUCCAUACCGACCUAGAAACGGCGACAUUGCAACGUCUCCAACAAGAAACAGGCAGAGCAGUGUGGUACCCCCCCGAGGAUGAAGUGUUAGAAACCGCGACUGUCUGGCGCCGCCAACUCUGCAAAAGAAUACACGCACAAGAGAAGCGGGAGCGUAAAGAACUGGCACAGAGGUCUGAUAAUUUUCGGAUACAGAAUGUCAUCAACGGAGGUUCAGUGAAGAAAAUACUGAUACCACGUACGUCACUGAUACAACCACGUGCGGUAGAAACUGUGGAUGGAAAUCUUACCGCUGACCCCACAGAGGUACGGAACACGUGUAAGCAGUAUUUUAGCGCUUUAUUCCAAAAAGAGGAUGAAAAUGCUCUGACAGACAAACCUUGGAUGAAUACGGAAAGUUCCCGGAAGUUUCGGGAGGCUACGCAACGCGACCCAUUUAUCUGGCCUAGGCCCCUGAUGCUCAGCGACCUCCGGGCGCUCCUCGGCAAAGGCAAUAGGGAACCAUCCCCCGGUCCGGACCGAUGGGAGAAAUGGACAGUAACGAUACUUGGAGACCAAGCGAUGUCUGUUGUUCUGGCACUCCUGAACUAUGUACUGGUGCACAACUACUUCGACAAGCUGCGCGACCACUAUCUGCUUCCGAUGUUCAAAAAUCGCGGACUGUCUUCCCAACUGAGUAAUUACCGAGCGGUCUGUUUUGGCAAUUUCUUGGCGGUCACAGCGGCUGGAUGGUUUACACGUCAGGCGCAAGCUUACGCAAUGAAACACCACAUGAUUCCAGAAACACAGGUGGCCGUCCAGAGCGGUGUACAACAGCGCGACCUCACAAGUUUCCUAGCGAACCUAGAAGCCUGGGCGUUCCGGGCCAAAACUCCGAUCUACGGGCUAGUACGAGACCAAAAGAAGGGCUUCGACCUGCUCAGACCAGAAGCUGGGUAUGACGCCUACCAUUUUUUCGGCUUUGGCCCAAACGCAGAAGCUUUUGACCGAGCCCGAUUGGCACACGGCGCUUUUAUCGUCAAGACACCGUACGGCCUCGCGGAACCUUUCGAAGUGGACGGGCAGAUGAAACAAGGGGAUCCCCCGAAUCCUCUUCGUUUCUCCUUGGCCAUGGCUAUGGGCUCUUACUGGCUGGACGAACAAGCGUUCGAGGACCCACUACUCAUCACAACACAGAACAGGGCACGCUCAAACAACCAUACACAAGCGGAUGAACUGACCCUCAAGAUUACUCAGGUAUCUGCGAUGGACGACACCAUACUACUGGCCAAGAGUGAAAGGACGCUGGCAGCGAUGACUCUCUACAUGGAGCAUUUCCAGGAAGCCUACGGAGCCCAAACCGACUGGGGUACAAAGACUCGAGCCAUCAUAAUGGGCCUCGGCAACCAGUCUGAUACACCAGGGACAGUCCAAGUUGCCACUCCUCAUGGGAGACGACAGGUCACUGUCGACCCAGCACACGUUUUUCUCAAAACACCGUUCGCUGCGCCGGACCGACAAUACACUCAGCUGGAAAGUAUUGUGCGAUCGAUCGGGUUCCCGAGCACGCCAACGAGGCGACUCCCGCUCUCGGCAUUACGACGAUUCAUCGAACAACAACUAAUUAGCAGGCUGAGGCCACGACUGGCUUUAUGUCCUAUCCGACCGGACGAUGCCCUUAAGCUAGACCAGCUUAUAGCAAUGCGGAUCAAAGAGUACUAUGGAUGGGUUUUCACACCGAGCGCUAAGUUGGUCACCCUCCCCGUCGCUAAAUUUGGAUUCGAGCUUACUAGUCUGUGGCGACUGAACGGGGCUAUGGCAGUCGAUGGACUACUACGAGACCUGA